GCUUAUUAUACUAGAUUGUUUACUUGUUGCUCUUGUUCUUACCAUCUUUUUAUCUUGCUCUCUCUCUCUUUCUCUUUUCUUUGUUGUUGAGUCAUAAAGGGAAAAGGAAGAAAGCAGACACAAAUUUUCUCUGCUUCUCUCCCUUUUUCUCCCCUCACACAAAGCCCCUUAUAAUUCUCAAAUUCAGAGUCUUUGUACUAUUUACUCAUUUGGGUGUCAACAAUUUUCAGCUUUUUACAGUGUCACCUUGUUUCUUCAGCUAGUGAGCUUUAAUUAUAGAAAGUUCUCUCCUUUUUCUUUUUCAAAAUUGUUCUGUGGGUUCAGAUCUUAAUGAGAAUAUUUUGUAAGAUUUUAACUUGGUGUGAGAUAAUCUUUGUCUGUUAUAGUUAAUCCCUUUUUUUUAAGAUUAUCAUAGAGCUUAGGAUUUUUUUUUCUUUUGACAUUGAAAAAGUUAGAGUCUUUUCAAGAUUCCUCAGGUUGGGGAGGUGGCUAUGGUUAAAAAAAGGUAUUCUGAUUCCUUAUAGAUGCUGACUUGUUGAUUUAACACUGAUAUUGCCAUUGUAAAAUCUCAGCCUCUCUACAUUUCCUCUCUGAGUCCUUUGCUUCCUCAAAUUCAAAACCUUUUUUUAAAAAAAAUGCAUUCUUGAACCAUCUUUUGUAACUUUGCCCUCUGUAAUUUGACUUUUUUUUGAGGUGGGGGUUAUGGAGAUUUUAUCACCAGCUCCUUAUCUUUCAAAUUCAAGCUGGUUUCUUGAUGAGGAAAAGAGCACAAAAUGGACUCCAGCUGAGAAUAAGGCAUUUGAGAAUGCUCUUGCUUUGUUUGAUAAAGAUACACCAGAUAGAUGGCAAAGGGUAGCAGAAAUGGUUCCAGGGAAAACAGUUAUUGAUGUAAUUAGGCAAUAUAAGGAAUUAGAAGAUGAUGUGAGCAGGAUAGAAGCUGGAUUAAUUACUAUUCCUGGUUAUACUACUACUACUACUUCUUCUUCUUCUUCACCUUUUACAUUAGAAUGGGGGAAUAGUCAUAAUAGCUUUGAUGGAUACAAGCAGUCUUAUGUUGUUGGAGGCAAAAGAUCUUUGUCCAAUAGACCUCCAGAACAAGAGAGGAAGAAGGGUAUUCCAUGGACAGAGGAAGAACAUAAGUUGUUUCUAAUGGGGCUUAAAAAGUAUGGAAAAGGUGAUUGGAGGAAUAUCUCGCGAAAUUUCGUUAUUACUAGAACCCCAACUCAAGUGGCAAGUCAUGCUCAGAAAUACUUUAUCAGACAACUUUCUGGUGGCAAAGAUAAAAGACGCGCCAGCAUUCAUGACAUUACAACAAUAAAUCUCAAUGAUAAUCAAACGCCUUCACCGGAUCACCAAAAACCAACUUCAAUCGAUCAAUCCACUGUGAUUUCCCAGCAACCAAAAUCGGCUGACAAUGCCAUGCACAAAAUGCCAUUUCAGUGGAGUCAGGUGAAUAAUGGCUUUAAUUAUGCAGAAGGAAGUUUGUUCGUGUCUCCUCCUUAUGGAGGUAACUCCUAUGGGGACACUAAAAUGCAAAGCCAAAGUCUGCAGCAAAGAGGUGCUAUGCGUGAGCCUUACUUUGGAUCUCAAAGUAUGAAUUUUCAGCUUCAAUCGGCACAGCCUUACUAUCAUGCAUGACAUAGGCGUAUCCAAUAUAUUAGAACUUUGAUCAGUGCGUCAAAAUAUGCUUAUUUUCAAUUCAGUAUCUAGCUUCUGUUACUGCUUCCGUCGGUCUACAUCUCUCUUGUAUUGUGAAUAUAUGUUGCUUGGCACUUUGAGUUAGCCAUGAGUUAGUGUGUCCUUUUAGGAAGUCCAAGAUCCUUACUCUCUGUAGUCUGUACUUAAAACCAUAGUACAGGUGGAGUUCACAGUGGCAAAAUGAGCAUAGAGGAAUGGACACAAAACCUGUAAAAUCCUUUUGAGGGCAUAAUAGAAUUACAAGAGAUGCAAGGAAAAUGGCCUGAUUUUAUGUACAUUUCAGGAAGAUCAUGGAGUAUUACUAGCUAUUGUACUCUAAAUGAAAAUCACAGACAAAUAAAGGUCUGUUAGAAAUUUUAUGGCAUUUGAGAUUUGACUGUUGAUUGUAGUAACACCGGAUAUUCCUAGUGCACAUUUAAGCUUUUGUUUUGAAUGUAAA